AUGUGUUUUCUAUUAUUGAUCUUUUUUAUUUUGUUUCAUAAGUUUAGUAAUAAAUCUCUUUCAUCUAUUUUUUUUGCUGAUAAAAUUUUAAUAUUUAACCUAAAAAAAGUAUGUUUUUUUUUAGUAAAAAGCUUUGUGUACUCAAAUGAUGUAAAAAGUUUUUAA